AUAUGCACAGUAGUAUAGUUAGCUGAUGUGUAUGUGUAGAGCCAUACUGUACUGAUAGCAUUAGAAGUGAACGGUAGUUACAGCAUUGAAGCUAAACAGUUAUCCUAAUCAUGAGUAAUAGAAUCAGUCAACAACAUCUAGUUGUGGAGUUGAGUCAAUGCCUCAGUAAACGAAAGAGCAAAUCAGAAUCGUCACUACCAAAUGCAACCGCACAUUUCCAUGAUGAAGCCAGCAGUUAUGAGUAUGAAAAGCAUAAGAAUAGAACAUUCGUCGAACCACCUGUUCCUGCUAUACCUAUAACUCAAACAGAAAGCAUAUUGUCGUCUAAAUCACCACUCCUACCGAAUUUCAGUCGGAUUAAAGAGAAUACUGAAAGGCACCCUGUUGCUGUACCCACACGGAGUGUGGAUAGCGUACUUGAACAACCCACAGAGAGAAAAAUAAACACACAUUGUUCGUGUGUCAGCAAAUGGACGCCAGAUGUGACUGUUAAAAUUGAUAUACUGGCUAUAGUAUGGUUUCAUCCCAACCUUAACCGUCACCAAGCUGAGGCUGAACUGAGAAAUGCGGAGGAAGGAGUGUACUUACUACGGCCAAGAAUGGAGGGUGGAACCUGUGAGGGCUACUGUUUGGGCGUCAGGUCGAGUCAUGUAGUGAAGCAUUAUAAGAUAACUGUUGAGAAUGGAGAUCUUGUGCUGGGUCAAGACCGUUUCAGUAAUCUUGAGUCUUUGGAGGAGCACUUUGACAGCCAUCCCAUUUUAGGAGACGAAAAUGACGCUAAAGUUGUGUGCCGUCACCCCUACCCAAGAGAAAUUGACGAGCUCCAUGACUACCAAUUCUUGUCCAAUCAUUUUAUACCAACUCCGUCACGAAGGCGAAUGAUUGAGAACGCAACUAAACCAAGAGCUUUCUCACUGGUGUCAAAAGAGGGAUUUCUAGUCAAGAUGGGAGGAAGAGUGAAGAGCUGGAAGAGAAGAUGGUUUGUUCUUAGAGAUACCAACUUACACUACUAUACUGCUGUGAAAGACACAAAGCCAAUAAAAACAAUUUCUUUGGAAGAAGUUACAAAAGUAUCCCCAUGUGAUGUCCCAGCAAGGUUAAACACAUUCCAGCUGGUUCUACCCAUGAGAACGUUCUUCAUGCAAGCUCCUAGCAUGACUAAUAUGGAGGACUGGAUUUACCUCAUACAAUUUAAACUGAAUGAGAACACUAGAUUUGAUGGAGAGAGAAAGGACAUUAAUAAAUCAGUAUCAUCUACAUGGUAGCUGGCCGGGUAGCUGCUUGUUAUUAUUAUAUCUGACAAUAUAAGUAUAAUAAUUAUUAUCAUUUCAGCCACUAUUAUAGCUAUUUUUAUCCAAUGAAACAAGACAUGCAUAUUAACAA